AAUGUAUUGAACAGAAAGCCAAGUUGCAAAUGGAAAACUCGUCAUGCACACUAAGUGCGAGUUUGGAAUUUCAUUGUUUAUGCUUUCCGUGCACUUUUAGACAAUGUGCUGUGUUUCUUUAAUCGUUUAUUCAUUUGUUUUCUGCAGCUGUGCUGUAGAGCAUAAAGUGGAAGUGGGUAUGUGGCAUUAUUGUGAUUCAUAUAUUUUAUUGGCAAAGUGAGAAAUAUUGGCAGAAAUAGUGUUUUUGAUGAGAUUGUAUGCAGGUAUAAAAUGGAGUGUAUUCCUUGAAUAACUGUAUUCAGUCUCCUUUGUGUUAGCUUCUAUCCUGUAUACCUUUGUCCCGAGUAAAACUGGUCACAAUACAGAAGAGAAUGUGUAUGUAUAAUGAAUAUGAAAUGCUGCACAUCCCACUUAAAAAAAACAUCUAAUUCAUCCUUCCCCAAUCUAACAUGCAGUUGACUUCCAAUAAGCUCUCGGUUGCAGACUUUACAAUAUUAAAGCAAUUCCUGCUCAUCUUGUUCCCCAAAUGACAUACACCAAAGAACUAUAUCCAACUAAAACCAACAGCAACAUCUAUCUCUAAAUGCUAAUGGGAUUUUUGCCUUUUGUGGUCGGAGUGGUAUUGUGUAGCAGCACACACAAUAUUUACCCACUCUGAAUGUAUACCGCGACUCCGUAACAUAGACAGAAGGGAGGAGAGGAGCCUCUGUUAUUCCCGUCAGCGGUGGGAUUGUGCUGACUCAGACGUCUUGGGUAAAUCGCAUCCAAGAAAAAAAGCCGGAGCAGUGAGGCCAGCCAGACACAGGCCGGAUGCUCUGCCGCUGCGCUCUGCCCUGCUCCACAUGCUGUAUGCUCCUGACAGAUUUGCAUCAGUUUUGAUUACCCAGGGAGCUCAUGGUUCAUGAAAAGUAACGGAGUGUUUGCUAAAAAGAAGAAAUUCUACUUCUUGCUUCUUUGCACAAUUAUCCUGGCUUUUGAGUGUCCUGUCUGACUGUUCUUAAUGGAAGCCAUGAGGUUGGCUUUGGUCUCAAUCAUCAUCUGCAGCUCUCCUCUUGACCUGAUCCAUUAGCUCUGAUGACUUGAAGGUUAAGUGCAGACAUUUGUGGAUUUCAGAUUUCAUUUGGAACAUUUUAGUACAAAAUGCACUGCCUUUUGUCUGCUUUCAGCACUGAAACACACUGCUCUCACCACUUGCCCUCCAUAAUCCCUUUUAUUUUCUGUAAUCACUUAUGUAAGUUGAAUGACCCACAAAGUUAAUGUUACUUACAGCCUUAUGUUACGAGUGGAUCUUCUUUUACUGUAUUUGAUAUUCUCCAGUCCUGUCUGGGUCAUUCCCAAUCCCUCCAUGACAUAAUUUAAGGUUUUAUGAGUGAAUCAUAUCAAUUAAGAAGCUUUUUCUUCCUUUAGAGCUUCAGCUGGACAUAAAUUACACAGUAAGAUAGAUGGUAAUAGGGUAUCGGGACCUCUGCAUGAUUAAGCACCGUGGAAUCCAAUAAUUUAAAUCAAUUCAUUGCUCUCUGUUUUGUUGUCCUAGCAUAAAGCCUGCAAUUUAUCAUGUUGUCAAAUCCGGCUGGGCUAAAAAUGCUGCUGCAUGUGUUAAUACCAACAUAACGCUCAUUGAAACUCAGACGGAUUUGUUGUGUGGGCCAUACAAGGCUCCAAAUCUCCUAAAUCUACUCUAGUGCCCCCUGUACCAAAUCCCUGCACCACUUGCUCUGCAUUUUCCAAGUUAAUGCAACCCAAAGGCACAAUGUGAGAGUUUGUUUAAUGGUGGCUGCCUCCUGUUCCACAGAACAGAGCACACACCACUAAAACCUCACGUCACCACACAGGCUCAGUAUAAAACUCACAACAACUAGGAGCAGCUGAAUAAUAGAUCAUCAUUAGGCUGUUAGCCCAUGAGUAGCUCCACUGGAGAGGUGUGGGGUUCAGUGUCUUGCUUAAUGGUUCUUGACUACUUAUUUUAGCUCUUCUACCUUAUUCUACUUUUCUCUGUUGUUUUAUGUCUUAAGUCGGGUGACUUCCGUUUGCCUUUGGUUAAAACUGGAGCUUUGAGAUAUUCAAUAUGCUCAUUCGUUAAUAAAAGCAGAAGAAAGCAAAAGUAGAAUUCUAUUCAAGGAGAGGAGAUGAAUGAACUUCAAAGAAACGCUCAAUUAUUGUUGGCUUUCUUUAGUAAGAUGAAUAGAAAAGAAGAAGGGAAAUUGAAAAGACUGAAGAAAAUUAACUUCAGUCGACUUCGGACUGACUUUCAAGUUACUAAUCCAUAUCGCAGCAACAGCCGUAUCGACACUUUUUUGCAAAGCAUGCAUUUCCUUGUCUUUUUCAGCUCCUCACAAAUGGGCAUCUUUUCCAGAAGAAAAAUAGUUCUCUCUGCAACGGAAGAUGACUUUAUGACAGUGCUGAUGACACGUCUGGCCCGCUGUCAAGCUUAUGAUGAGAGUGAUGGUGGGUGGGGUGCGGGUGGAAAAGGGGUGUUACUUUUGAAAUUGUGUGUGUUUGUGUUGAAGAAAAUCAUCAUAUGACUUAAGAUUUGGACACAUUUGGAUUCACAAGUAAACAGUUUAUAUAACGUGUUAUGUGAAACACAUUCUGUUUCACAGAAACAUUCUUCGGAAGUGAUUAGGGCGCGCCAGACAAAUUGUACCAAAACAUUUCCCGUACAUGAAUCAUGUGUUCUGCCAAAAGGUUACCUUGACCCAAACGAAGUCAUGAGAACAUGACAUAAUGAAGAGACCAGAUGUGCUUUGUUUUUGGUUCAACGGACUGGUUUGAUUGGUGGAAAGUGACUUACGGGGGGUGAAGUUUGACUAUAAAAGUGAUCUGUGAAAAGUAAUACUUUGGAUUUGUUCGGAUUUGCUAAACUCGUUGUAUGUUGGGCGUGAGCUUAUUAAAACACUUCCCGCUGGUUGCAACUUCAAUUCGCCGUCUCUUCUCGUCAUUUUGCCACAACAGUGUGUGUGUGUGUGUGUUUUUUUGCUGGUGUGUCUGAGUGGGGUGGGAGGGCUUAAAAGAUUAAACCCAAGGCUGGCCACGGUGAUGAGAGAAGGCCCCUCUGUGGAGCGCUCUCACUGUAGGGAGGCUCCUUCACUGGUGUCCCAUUUGCAUGGCUCCCUGUCCUGCUCGGGGAAUUAGCCUUUUCUUUUUUUUUUUUUACCAUCGUCCAUCCCUCCUCUCUGCACCUUGGAGAGAGCGCUUCCAUCCAGCAGCGCUGCUCGUUUCUGAGUGCAGACAAUGGAGCGGCGUAUUUAGGACACUUGGCAGGGUUGGCACGUUGGAGGGGAUGGGGACACAGGCUGCUAAGUAGCUCAUCUUGUCACAUAGCCACUGGCGUGAUAGCCCUCCACAGCAAGGAAAACCAGGCAGUCCUGCUAAUGUUCCAUCAGCUGAGCUUCUAGCUGUAACCCCACCUGGUGGUCCUGACUUCAACAUCAUGCUGCACCUCACCCUGCUCCUCCAUCUCCUGGCCCUUUCUCUCUCCCCUGCAGAUGCAUCAAUGCAUGAGGAGGUCCCCGGCUUCUAUGGCGAAGAAGCCACAGGUUACGGGCCAGUGUUUGAGGAGCAGCCGGUGGAUACUAUCUACCCCGAGGAGUCGCCCGAGGCAAAAAUCACCAUGAGCUGCCGGGCCCGGGCCAAUCCACCUGCCAAAUACAAGUGGAAGCUGGAAAACAUAGAAAUUGACUUGAAUACACAAGGCAACCACUACAGUUUAGUUGGAGGCAACUUGGUCAUUAGCAACCCCAAUAAAACCCAACAUGUAGGACAGUACCUCUGUUUGGCUACCAACAUCUACGGCACAGUCAUCAGCCGAGAGGCCUCAGUCCAGUUCGGAUACCUCGACCUUUUCUCGUCGGAGGAGAGGGAGUCGGUGUACGUCAAAGAGGGACAGGGGGCAGUGCUGCUCUGCGCUCCCCCGCCACAUUAUCCAGAUGAGCUGUCAUUCCGAUGGAUCCUCAAUGAAUUCCCCAUCUUCAUCCCACCGGACAAAAGGCAUUUUGUCUCCCAGAUAACGGGUAACCUCUAUAUCUCCACGGUGGACUCCUCCGACAGCGGCAAUUACUCCUGCAUUGCGUCCAGCACAUCCAUUUCCAAGAGCGUUUUCUCCAACUACAUCCCCCUCGUACCUCUGGCUGAACGUCUCACCAGGAAAUACCCUGCUGACCUCAAAGUCAAGUUCCCAGAUACCACUGCUCUGGUGGGGCAGAAUAUCACCUUGGAAUGCUUCGCUCUGGGGAAUCCUGUCCCCGAGAUCCGCUGGAUGAAGUUAGACGGACAGCUUCCACCCAAUCACGAGGUGCGGAUGGCGGGGGCUCAUCUGCACCUGUACAAUGUGCAGUUUGAAGACGCGGGCAUCUAUCAGUGCGAGGUGAUGAACUUUAAAGGGAAUGACUACCACGCUGCUCGUGUGUCUGUAGAAGCUUUUCCUGAGUGGGUGGAGCACAUCAGCAGCACAGAGAAGGACCUCGGCAGGGAUUACACUAUGUCCUGCAUAGCCAGCGGCAAACCUGAGCCACGCAUCCGCUGGCUGAAAAACGGACAACCGUCUUACAGGAAAGAGAUGAGGUUCAGCAGCUUGACGUUUGAUGAUUCAGGAAUGUACCAGUGCAUUGCAGAGAAUCACCAUGGAGUCAUAUAUGCCAAUGCUGAACUGCGUGUGUACGCCUGUGCGCCCACGUUUGAACACAACCCUGUGAAGAGAGUCCUGGCAGCUAAAAACGGCCGGGUGGUGAUCGAAUGUCGACCCAAAGCGGCUCCAAAGCCCACCUUCUCCUGGAGCAAAGACACCGAGCUGCUCCACAACUCCACCAGGUCGUUCAUCUGGGAGGAUGGGAGCCUGGAGAUCCUCAACUUGACGCGAGCAGAUGAAGGCCGGUACACCUGCUUCGCCGAGAACGACCGGGGCAAGGCUAACAGUACGGGCUCUCUGGUGGUUACAGACUCCACAAAGAUCACCUUGGCACCGUCCAAUGCUGACGUUAAAGUGGGUGAGAACACCAGGAUGCAGUGCGCCGCGUCACAUGACCGCUCCCUGGACAUCACCUUCAUCUGGUCCGUGGAUGGCCGGGUCAUUGACCCACACAAGGACAGUCUCCAUUAUGAACGCACCCCGAAUGGAAGCUCAAACGGCGAGCUACUGAUUAAGAACCUCCAGCUGAAGCAUGCUGGACGCUACACCUGCACUGCACAGACCCCCAUCGACAAUGUUACCGCCUCUGCCCACCUGGUCGUCAGGGGUCCCCCCGGUGCUCCAGGUGGGGUGCGAGUGGUGAACAAAACUGACAAGAGUGUAACGUUGCAGUGGAGCCGUGGAGCAGACAACCACAACCCCAUCUCCAAAUAUACCAUCCAGUACAGGGACUCCUUCUCAAAGGAUGUCUGGAAGAAUGCCACUACAUCUCCCGCAGAUGUAGAGGGGAAUACAGAGAUGGCCACAGUGGUGGAUUUGUUCCCCUGGAUAGAAUAUGAGUUCAGAGUGAUAGCUUCCAGCACUCUGGGGACAGGAGAGCCAAGCAGCCCGUCACCGAAAGACAAAACCCUGGAAGCAUUUCCUGUGGUGGCGCCCUCGGACGUCGGUGGCGGUGGAGGAACAAGCAGAGAACUGACCGUCACGUGGACGCCUGUCCAGCCACAGUACUACUACGGGCCUGAUUUUGGCUACAUUGUGGCCUUCAAACCACAAGAUGGAUCCCAGUGGAUGAGGGUGACAGUAUCUGACCCCGAGGCCAAGCGCUACGUCUACAAAGACUCCUCCAUCCCUCAAAUGACAGAGUAUCAAGUCAAAGUCAAAGCGUUCAACAGCAAAGGAGAGGGACCCUUCAGCCUAACAGCCUCCAUUUAUUCUGCACAAGACGCUCCAUCUGAAGCUCCUGUAAGGGUUGACGGCAAAGCUCUCUCUGCCACGGACGCCGUCGUGUGGUGGCUGCCUCUCUCCCAGAGCAAUAUAGAUGGAUACCAGGUGAAGUACUGGAGGAAUGACAGUGAAGGUGAGGCCCAGAGGGUGGUGGUACCCGGCAGUGAGAACCACACCAGGCUGGAAGGUAUGAAGCCAGACACCCACUACCUUCUUGAGGUCCGGGGCUACAACUCUGCAGGAUACGGGCCGGCCAGCGAUCACCUCCAGAUCCACACCAAGAGACCCCCUCCAAGUCGAGCUCCCAAAAUAAUUGGUAAAAAGUUGAAGGGCCAGUAUGUAAAUAUUGCCUGGGAACUGGUGAAACCACUUGCUAACGAGGCAUCAAUAGAAGGUUAUAAAGUGCUGUACAGGGAGCAGGGCCACUCCCAAGGCGAUCUGUACACAACCACCAGGCGGAACAUAGACCUUCCCCUGUACGUAAAUAAGAUCUAUGUGGCGGAGGUCCGGGCGCAAUCAGAGGGGGGAGACGGGGCUGUGGCACAAAUCAGCAUCACAGGUGGAGGUGUCAUGUCCGCCCCGUCUCUCAGCGUACUCUCCCUGCUCCUGUUGGCUCCCCUCUGCCUGAACCUCUGAAUGUAGCGCCAUCUUUGUCUUCACUUCCCGUGAAGGAGACUCUUUAUAGGUUGACGCCUACGACGACUUUGGGACUCUUUCCACAAUCUUUUGGUUCCACCCCUGUAACCCGGGACGUCAUAUUCCAGCUCUUCCCCUCUGGAAUAUGUUUGUGAAAAUAGACACAGAAAUGGAAAAAUUGGAAAUGGACAAAGACAUCCCUUAUUUAUCCACAAAAGGCCUCUUUGGAGGAGUGUCAAAGGAGUUCUGUCAACUUUUUAAAUAUGCCUUAUAUAAAUAACUGAACUUAUCUUUCACAAUAACUUGUUUUAAAAUGAAUCAUUACUGAAAGUGUGAACAUUACACUAGCUUGUCCGUUAAGUCUACCUACAUCAUGAAGCCGACCUUUCUUACAUAUAUGAAGUUGCUGUUUGUUCAGAAAUGUGGGCUUCAUUUGAUCUGUGAUAUUUAAGGAGAAGCUAUCCUACAGUGCAUUCCAUAGUAAAAAUGUAAACAGGUCGCUGUGAAGGAUAAGUGUACGAGUUUAUAAAAAUAUCUUUAUGUCUUUCUUUACUUGCAGUUCAGUGGCAUCGUCUUCUAUUUUCUUUUUAAAAUGAAGCACACCCUUUGUUACAGAGAUACAGUCAAAGCAAAUCUUAUCCUUUCAUACUUGCUUUUUAACAACAAACAUCAGAGAGGAAAGAGCAAUUUAUGUCAUGCUGAAAUAAUAUAUACAAUAAUAAAUGGUAUUGUUUUUGCUAUCUAAUAAACUAUGGAUGUUAUUUGAAGAGAAAUAGAUUGGGUUGACCUGCAAUCUAUGCUUAUUUACAAAUCAUAACACGAGCUCUACUGAUAGAAUACCACUUUCAUAGUGUGUGCAUGUCAACAUUGUUACAUGGAAGGGAAGUCUGAAAUGGAUCAUAAGUGUUUAGGAGUUUAGGCACAUGGCUCCAUAUUUGCAAAGUUGAAUGUAAAGCAAACCAUAAAAGCAGGAAGUAAAACUGAACAACAUAUCAGACGUGCAGUUUCAAAUGUUUCGACCUGCAGCAAACAUCGUGUGACAGAGGUUAUUUGUUAGUGCUUGUCACCUCUGGUAAUAUUAUACACAUGUAUAUACGUGUGCAGUGAUCAAUGCUUUGCCACAACAUCUGAGUCAUUGCUGAACUAAACCUAAACUAAAAAAAAACAACUUUUGUUUUGACUGUAUCAUUAGGACCUCCGUGGUACCAGCUGGUGCUUUGUAAAGAAUGUUGGCAUUUUAUUUUGUGUAAACAUUUUCACCUCAUCUCACUCCUUAAUGGCUUUGUGUGAGAGUCACUAUGAACGGUUACGGUGAACGGUAUAGCGACGCUCGUGCCCUUCAAUAAGCGUGCAAUGAAUGAUUCAUCUAUGGCUACUUUAUAUUUUCUAAUGAGACUACUUGCCUAGCUCCUAUAACAGUAAGCUAAUUUCAUUUUGAAUUAUCUGGCAUAAACAGAUGAGAAGUAAAGCCAUCCGUGUCAGGGGCAAGAGCCCAUCGAAACGUUUUUUCCACUGCAUUUUCUUUGUCUUUUUAUUAACAUGUGAUCAGAGAUAUAUAAACAUUAUCAACUGUUGUCGUUUUUUUGUUUAUGAUUAUCAUAUCUGUAUGUCAUGAUCCACCUCUAGUUGGACAGUUUCAAAAGUUUAUUUCCCUCGAAUGGAAGAGAAGAAACGCUGCGUUUUUGAAUUCCUCCAAGUCAUUUCUUGUGUGACUGAUGCUGGCCAUGCUUCGACAUUGUGACUAUAUCAUCAUCCACCACAAAGUGCUUUUCCCAGUUUUCCUUCAUGCGACAAAAAUCAUAGAAAAGAGUUGCCAAAUGCAUGAAUGCCUUGAACUUUUGACGUUUUGGAAGAAGCAGCGGCUCUACAUUCUAUCAUGCAUGACACUGGAGACGAAGCGGUACGUUACUUUUGCAACAAAUCAACAUCAUCGCAACUUGUCAACCUCUCAGCUUCAUAUGAAAUUCAUUCCAUUCCUGAGUGACAUCCCUUUACGUCAGAGACAGUGUAGCCUAGUGUGUGCAUUAGCUGCUAAGUUACGUUAAGCCAGUCAUUUCAUAUGAAGUCUUGGGGAGAGGAUUCUAGAGAGAGCAUUAAACUGACAAAAGGAAUCUCACUCAUUCAAGGUCAGAAAUGGUGCUGCAGUCCAGAGCAUGGUGAGGAUCUGAUAGCGUCACUGGUGGCAGUGGCGACAUGUUUGGUUGUUUGCUGGACGCUCAGUGCUUCGCUGGACUUGUGAGGGAUGAAACUGGAACCUCUCAUUGGCUGGACAAGAUACAAUAAAAGUGUAGUUAACUAUUAAA